AUGCGCCGACGCCAAUGUCCCUGGACUUGGGCGUUCAGUCAAAUUCGAGGGCCUCCUGAGCAACUCACCUACCACGUCUGCCUCCCACCAGAUGCCUUCACCAUUGUGUACGACGACCCCGAAGAUGACCUGCUGUACGACGACGCCAAGAAGGACGUCGACCUGCCGGAGCUCGACCCCGACAUGCACGCCGACCCUGAGCACCGCUGGGACAUCGGUACGAUGACGGUGAAGGAGGCGUUGGCGAGCUGGAAGGGCAAGGCGGUGAAGGCCGCCAUGGACGAGGAGAUCCGCAGUCUCAUCGGCAUGGGCACCUGGGAGCUGGUCGAACGCCUACGCAGGGUGUAUGGCGCCGACUACGGCGAGACGUGUGCGCCGGUGAGCAGCUACAUCACGCUGAGGAUCUUCCUCAGCAUCGUCGCCGUCCUCGACCUCAACCUGAUGCAGCUCGACAUGAAGAACGCUUUCCUGCAGAGCAAGCUCGACAAGUCGCCGCUACUGUGGUACCGAGCACUCGAUGUUGUGCUGAUGAGGGCUGGCUGGAAGAAGAGCCAGGUCGACGAGGCGUUGUACUUCAAGGUCGGCGACGACGGAGUGGCCUGCUGGGUGCUGGUCUACGUCGACGAUCUGCUCGCCGCAAGCAGCAGCACUGCGAUGCUGAAGGAGCUGAAGGAGCUGCUGGAGGCCGCCUUCAAGUUGCGCGAGAUCUCGCGGGUGGUGAAGUACCUCGGGCUAGAGAUCACGCCGAUCUCUCUCGAUGCAUACGCCGAGCUCACCUUCGACAACGAGAAGGCGCAGGAGCGCGAGGAGGAGGAGUACCGGCAGAAGGUCGGCUCGCUGCAGUUCGCAGCGACGACGACGAGGCCGGACAUCGCCUUUGCCUGCAGCAAGCUGGGGAGCGGCCUCACGGUGAGGAGCGACCAGCACUGGCGCGAGGUCGACCGCUGCCUCGCCUACCUCGCCAACACUCGUGACACCGCCCUGGAGUUCGGCGGUGGACCAGAGACGCUGGAGCUGGUCGGCUACGUGGACGCCGACGACGCCGGCGACAAGCAGAACCGGACGAGCACGGGCGGCUACAUGUUCGUCUACGGAGGGGCCGCAGUCUCCUGGUCGAGUGCGCGACACUAA